AUGAGCAAGGAGAUAGAGAAACGCUGGGGCGCAGCAGUUGCAGCUGGAGUGGUUGACUACGAAGGAGACAACCCAAGCUACCCUGAACGAGUUCGGUUGAAGACCAAGGACUUCUUCCAGGAGUUCGACGAGGCAGCGGUCACCAACCAAUGCCGCAAAGAGGGGGCAGUCUCCAAAGGCGACGCAGCUGUGGCAAACUUGGCAGCCACACUUGAAGCUCCAGAGGAAGCGCUUCAGUUGCCAGUGUCAGUGUCAGCCAAAGCCAAAGCCGCAGCCAAGGAUGGCCAGGGUCCUGGCAAAGGAAGUGGUCCGGAGCACAGCGAAGUGGCCGGUGCGAACACUGCGGCGUUUGCAGUGGAGCGGCUCAAAGCGUUCGAACAGUGGGCCCACCAGUUUGAGGUGGUGCUCCUGAUGCCGUUUCGCAAGAACUACGACACGUUGAACGCGCAGGUGGCAGAGCUGGACACUUCGGAGUCUGAGUUGCUGGAAGAGUACAAGAAAUUGGUGAAGGAGCGCUUGGAUGUUGCAGGGGCUGCCCUUGUUGAAGCCCCAAGCAAAGUCCAGGAGGCAGUGAAGAUUGGCGAGAGCAAGUACAAGGAGCACGAUGCCAAGAUUGCCAGUUGUGCCGGCCAGCUCAAACUCAAGCCCUGUGCGCAGCCCGAUUGUCUCUGCAGCUUUGGCUCACUGGCGCUUCGCAUCCUGAGUUUGAAGACCGCAGAGACGCAAGAUGACCUGCAGACGAUCAUCAAUGUGAUUGCCGGCGGAAGCACUGCGCUGAAGCAAUUGAACAGCGCAGUUUCAACUGCCAUGCAAGAGGUUUUGAAGGCUGUGAAAGACUGCCGGCAGAGAGAGAAGUUGCGCAAGAAGCAAGAGGAAGCGGACCAGAAACGCCUUGCCAGAGAAGAAACCAAGAAGAAGAAGGAGCAGGAGAACAAAGCGAAAAAGGGCCAGAAGAGACAGCGAAAGAGCAAGGCUGAUACCAUGCCCAAGCGUCUGGCUGCUUUGGAGGAUGACGGCGGCCCGGGUGUCAAGGAAGUUCUCUUGUUCUCUGACCAGGCGAGCUUCCUGAAGAAUCGGGACGAGAAUGCUGAUGAGCUGUGGGCCGCUCCGUGGGUCUUGCAUGAUGAGGCAAGCCUGAAAUCUGCUCUGACUUCUGACGCUGCCGUGCAUGGCCGCUUCAUGAUGUUCAGCUCGCAGUUCGAAUCAUCUGCCCCAGCACAGAAGCAUGGCCGUGCUUUCCUGAAGAUCCAGGAUGGCACUGGGACACAGGUGGCGCAGAUCUUGACAGAGAUGCAGGGCGACUCCAUGGCGAAGAUGUGCAAGGAUGGUCAGCAGGCCAGCGAGAGGGUCAGCAGCCUGUGUGCCAUGGCCUUGGUGGGAGUUCUUGGCGGGCAGCAGACAGUGAGUGUGGCUGAAACGCCGCGCUUUUUGCUGGUGCUGGAGGGCGGCCUGGAUAUGCUGAUCAUGCCGCUGCAGACCUACUUGAGUGUGUGCUCCAAUCUUGGUCCAGCCACUGACUGGACUGCUUGGUUGAACGGCGCCUACCUUCUGGAACAUCUCACAGAGUGUUUUGAGACACAGUCCAUGAGACGGAUUGUGCUGACCGAGUAUGACUUGCUGUAUGUGCCGCCCAUGUCAAUGGUCUGGGAGGUUGGUCUGGAAAGCAAGAGCGUGUUCCUUCGCUCGUGCUGGUGCAGCUGGCGCAACUUGGAAGGUGACGUGGAAACUAUGAAGCAAAUCCUCGCCAUGACCAAUUGGGGAGAGUCGGAAAAAGUGCAGCAGCAGAUGAAAGAGGUCCUGGACUACAUGAACACGCUUGCCGAAGAGGACUAG